UUUGCGAUUUGUCUAGGGCUUCGGGAAUGUUCUAAAAUCUGUUUUGACGGGUUUCGCACUUUCUCGCAUAUCGAUAGAAAAUCAUCUGUAAUUCAAUAUAGUAUUUGUCUAAUUAUUAGUUAGUAGACAAUGUGGCAGACGUAAAUCACGAUUUAUAGAUACCCUGUGAAAAUAUGAGGCUUUCAUUUGUCCAUCUAUACAUAUAAUUUUUUCUAUACAAUAAUGAUCGAUCUUGAAGUUCAGCAGUGAUCUGGUGUGCCACAAGCGAAACCCUCAGCCUCAAAGAAUAGGAAAGAACGCCCCAAUAAAUGUCAAAUGGAGUGAAAGAAGGACAUAGACGAUCACUUGUCACGUCUGUGCUCAUCCAACCAUUUUAUACCAACCGAACGUUAACAUUCAGCUGCAAAAAAAAUUGAAACAAACAUUCCUGGAUUUGAGAGUAGAAUGUACAUACGGUAUAACCAAACAAGUGCCUCUCUUCCAAGAUUAGUCUAACGGAUAACAAAGAAACAGUGAAGUGCGGUGGUCAAAAGCGACAAUGGAGACUAAUGUCCCGGUCUACAUGGGGUGGACACCCAUCGCUGGUGAUAAUCCUCCGGCGAUGAUGUGGACGUAUCAUUACGUAGGCGGCGUCAUUGACAGCAUUGACUGCAAUGUAUGUAACGUGAAGAUUCGAAAUACUCCGUAUGCUCCAGUUCUAUGGGCGUAUUAUCGACAUUUCGUGUCACUGGAGCACACGGAAAACGCAAUGUUUUUCACUGGCAGCCAGCAGGUAUCAACGAACAAUUCUUAUCCUGCUAAUGCAAGAGAAGAGAAUGCACAAGAAACGAGGAGACCCGGCACCGGAUCUGCAUCAUGUUCUAUGUGUCCAGAGAGCUUUGCUUGUGCGGCGGAACUUCACAGUCACAUGUCAUCGCAUUUCUGGAAACGCUUUGUCCGAGGUUUUACGAUGAGCGUUAGUGAAUCUAGCGAAGAACCCCGUGAAUCGAAUCAACAUGACCAAAAAUCGUUGGAAUUACUGGAAGAAGAUUUCGAAUUCGAGAGGAAGAAAUCACCAUAUCUACUGAACGAUGGUGAGAAUUCUAUGAUGCGAAAACCCUUAGACGUUGAAUUAGAUCAAGAAGUGAACAUAUACGAAGUGGAUACGCAACGGAGGGCGGACCUACAACUGGGAGUUCUGCUUUCAUUCGCCAUCGACAAGGAUAAUAUUUACUGUCUCGUGUGUCGGAAGUGCGUUCACAAUUCUGUGCAAAAGUUUUACGAACACUUGAGAUCUGUUAUUCAUCUGGAUUAUCUCCAAGAGAUGGUAGAGGACCACAAAAAGUUCAAAGAUUACCCAAGUCAGUUGAGUGAUUUAGCUCUUGCUCACGAAUACAUGGAGCAAGUGUCAGACAAUGAUGUUCAGUGUCAUGCAUGUGGAACUUCUCUCUCCAAUGAAGAGCUCAUAUUGAACCAGCACAUUCAAGAGCCAUCACAUGCAGAGAGCUGGUCGUCCCUGGGAUCAAAGGCACCUGAAAGUUUCACAGCUCUUUAUUCGAGAAUGGAGGCAAAUUUCUACAAUGUUCAUAAAUACUGGUGUGUCAUCUGCCAGAAGAUGACGAGCGUUGAGUUUGAAUUUCGACAGCAUUUGACUACUCAAACGCACCAAGCAAAAAUAUUAGCUUUCGAUCAGGAAAGCUUGAUCUUUGACUACUGUGCUAUUUGCGCAACUCUCUGGUAUGGAUUUAUGAAGACGUUCUUCUAUCACUCGACUUGCAAAAUGCACAAGAACAUGACAGCUAAUCCGUAUUUGACAACUAGGCUCCCACAACGUGCAGAAAGGCUUCUGUACGCCAGUGAGAGUAAGAUAUCAGAGUUUCUUGACAGAGUUGACACUCGUAGGAUUGAUGAUAAAAAGGAAGAGGAACAAGUGAUCAGAAAUUUGGAGAAACUUGCUAGACAAAAAUACUCUCAUGCAGCUGCUUAUCCUCUUGGCUCGCGAAUUUCUGGACUUGCGGGGAAGAAUAGUAACCUCGAUAUUUUCCUCGAUUGCAGUAGUAACAAGUGUCAAGUCUACAAUGGAAACAAUUCCAAUGAUAGACAAGUUUUAACUCGUUUGGAACACAUAAAACAGUGUCUGGCGGGAGAUCGUCAGAACUGGCAUAUAAGUGCAUGCACCCUAAAUUCCAGAAUGCCGAUCCUCAAGGUAAUUCAUAAUCCCACGGGAAUCGAAUGCGACAUCUCUUUUACUAACGGUCUGACUGUUGAGAGCACGAGAAUCAUCAACGCCUACUGUAAACACUAUCCGAACUGUCGCAAGCUCAUUAUCUUCCUGAAAAAUUGGAUGGGACACUGCGAUCUCACUGGACAGAAUGGAAUCAAUACCUAUGGGAUUGCCUGGUUGGUGAUAUAUUUUCUACAAGUGGUGUCGAUUCUACCAACAGUUUCGGAGUUGAUAUCUGUACAUAACAAGUCGGCGAUUAUUGCAGGGUGGGAGACUGGAGCCUCCACUUAUUUUCAACCUUGUGUAACUGAUCAGAGUUUCAGGGAACUCUUGAUGCAGUUCUUCAAAUUCUACGCAGUUUUUGAUUUUCGGAACUACGUAAUUUGUCCGUUGCUCGGAAACUCUAUUCGGAAGAUCCACUUUUCAAAGCCAACUACAUUACCGUCCAAUAUGAAACCUUACCUUGAUUACCUCAAUGCGGUUGAUGAGCCUGAGCCCUUCAGGGUUGACUCUAUUUUGUGUGUGCAGGAUCCUUUUGAUCUCGCAGACAAUAUUACCAAAGCUGUUCAGAAGAGUACGGUUUGUAAUCUGAAGACACUUUGCUCUCUCAGUGCACAAGUUCUUGAUGAUAACUCUUAAAUUGGAGAGAAGAAAAUUACUGGGGUUUUCUUCUUUUUUUUCGUCAUUUUCUUUUUCAUAUUUGAGAUUUUUUUUUGCUCUUACCUUCUUUCAGAAAAUUAUGAGAACGAGAAAUAGAACUGGAUAUUAUUAUUAUUUUAUAUUAUUUUAUAAAUGUAAGGAAUGUGCAGUACAAUUGACACUCAAAUAGUUAAUUUAGAUAAUAAGGUAAACUAUUUGUUUUUACAUGAUAUGAUAAGGAAUUUUAUUUUUUUAAGCGACAAAGACUUAUUAGUUAAUUUUCAAUCUAACGUUUAUUUGGGUGGUUCAUUUUAUUUUUACGUAAUGCCAAAGUGUAUUGAACAUGCAGCUUUAUUAAGGUUUUUUGCCCUCGUUCUUUGGAUACCCUGAGAAAAUACUAUUAAAAAAUUCUGUAUAUGAGAGUUUGGAUAUUAUAACGAAGAAAAUACAUAACUUUUUCAAAUA